AUGCCACCAGCGACGCUUUCACGGACGGAACAGAGCUACUUGCUUGAUGGGCUUCGUUCGAAGCCUGCGGAACGUGCAGACCGGCGUGGUUUGCACGAAUACCGGAUGAUGCAGGUUGAUACGGAUUUGUCGCUGCAGGCUGAUGGCUCGGCGCGAGUCGUGCUAGGCAGUACCGAGGUGCAUUGUGGUGUCAAGGCAGAGAUAGAAUCGUACGAUGCGCCGCAUGUAAAUGUGCUACCAGAUGUGGAUUUCGCGCCGUGGCUCCCACCGAGUCCGCGUGUACAAGUCAUGGUCGAGUACUCGCCGGCUCUUUUGCACGAGCAUAAUGCGACAGAACUGGCGAUGAUUACCGAUACCGUGCAGGAUAUGCUACAAGCAUGCUAUGCUCUCACAGGCAACUCGAUUGGACCAUUAGAUGCGCGCCAGUUUAUCGUGGUGCCAUAUGCACGGUACUGGGUGUUGCAUCUCGACGUCUACGUGAUGUCGUGGAGUGGCGGGAAUGUCUUGGACGCUGUCUUUGCAGCGGCGUUUUGUGCGAUGUACCAAGCGCGGAUACCUGGUACCAAGAUCCUUUCUUUGGACAAAGCGGCUGCGCGGCAAGAUGACGAGGUAGAUCAAGACGAUCCAGCUGGUAUCAAGUUUAUUACGCGAGGCCGGAAGCCAUCGUCGUCGGCUGCCAUUGACGAUGCUGUGGACUUUACUUUGGAGAAUGAGUGGGAUCAUGGGCAUCUUUUGGCUGGUCGUGAGGAUGUGCCUGUAUGCAUUACUAUAUACCCCUUUGAGGACACAUAUCUCCUCGAUCCCACGCUCGAAGAAGAGACGGCCCUGUCGUCUGGCAUCGCUGUGCUUGCCUCUGCUCGUGGACAGAUCUACGGCAUUCGACAGCGAGGUAGUGGCGAGUUGACACUCGAUGCGAUACACAAGGCGGCGGACGUGGGUACAUCCUAUGCAAAGCAGCUCGCUCAGACUUUACAGGCGCGUUUCGUAUAG